UCAUUUCUAGGUUUUUCGACUCAGUCUCCUGCUGUUCCGUGUUGCAUUUGAUGGCAAAGAGGCUCGCAACUGAGCUCUUCGUUAGCAGACUGUCUUUUUACACCACAGAGAGAUCGCUGAAGCAGCUGUUUUCACGUUUCGGUGCUGUAAAAGAUGCUCGUCUUGUUAGGGACCCACAAACGGGGAGGCCGAAAGGAUUCGGCUUUGUGGCGUUUGAGUCGGAGAAUGAUGCACAAAAGGCAUUGAAAGCCUUGAAUGGCAGUAUUGUCGAUAGCCGAUUAAUUUUCGUUGAAGCAGCAAAGAGUGGAGGCCCCGGAUCAGAUUCUAUCAAGGAUGGCAAAGUAGAGGGUGGCAAGUAAUUCAGGCACAGAUAAGAUCACAUUCUGUUCCUAAACUUCCACAUAGAUUGGAUCAAAGUAGUUGAGUUGCGUACAAUGUAUAGGAUCUGAGAGACAAUGCUAUGCCCUGUUUUUGGAUUUCAUUACCUUACUGGUUUCAUCUUUGAGCAGACAAAAUGAUCAUCCUUUGCGUGCA